CCCGCCGCCGCCCGGCCUCCCUGCGAGCGCUCCACCAUGGACAGUCCUGUUUUCACCUUAUAAAGAUGGCGGUGCGGGAUCGCUGCAACCUUUAGACUAAUGACUGUCCGAAAUAUCGCCUCCAUCUGUAAUAUGGGCACCAAUGCCUCUGCUCUGGAAAAAGACAUUGGUCCAGAGCAGUUUCCAAUCAAUGAACACUACUUCGGAUUGGUCAACUUCGGGAACACGUGCUACUGUAACUCCGUGCUUCAGGCAUUGUACUUCUGCCGGCCGUUCCGUGAGAAUGUGCUGGCAUACAAGGCCCAGCAAAAAAAGAAGGAAAACCUGCUGACGUGCCUGGCAGACCUUUUCCACAGCAUUGCCACGCAGAAGAAGAAGGUUGGUGUGAUCCCACCAAAGAAGUUCAUUUCAAGGCUGAGAAAGGAGAAUGAUCUCUUUGAUAACUACAUGCAGCAGGACGCUCACGAAUUUUUAAAUUAUUUGCUAAACACUAUUGCGGACAUCCUGCAGGAAGAGAAGAAACAGGAGAAACAAAAUGGGAAGUUAAAAAAUGGCAACAUGAACGAACCUGCAGAGAAUAAUAAACCAGAACUCACCUGGGUCCAUGAGAUUUUUCAGGGAACGCUCACCAAUGAAACGCGAUGCUUGAACUGUGAAACUGUUAGUAGCAAAGAUGAAGAUUUUCUUGAUCUUUCUGUCGAUGUGGAGCAGAAUACAUCUAUUACCCACUGUCUACGAGACUUCAGCAACACAGAAACACUGUGCAGUGAACAGAAAUAUUAUUGUGAAACGUGCUGCAGCAAACAGGAGGCCCAGAAAAGGAUGAGAGUAAAAAAGCUGCCCAUGAUUUUGGCCCUGCACCUAAAGCGGUUCAAGUACAUGGAACAGCUCCACAGGUACACCAAGCUGUCUUACCGGGUGGUCUUCCCACUGGAACUCCGGCUCUUCAACACCUCCAGUGACGCGGUGAACCUGGACCGCAUGUACGACCUGGUGGCUGUGGUGGUUCACUGUGGCAGUGGUCCUAACCGUGGGCAUUAUAUUACUAUUGUGAAAAGCCAUGGCUUCUGGCUUUUGUUUGAUGAUGACAUUGUAGAGAAAAUAGAUGCCCAAGCUAUUGAAGAAUUCUAUGGCCUGACGUCAGAUAUAUCAAAAAAUUCAGAAUCUGGAUAUAUUUUAUUCUAUCAGUCAAGAGAAUAACUGCAAGAACUGUGAGACUAACUCAAGUCGGGGAACAUGUUCAAAGCACUAUUACCUGGUUUCUCUGCAGACUUUCUCCUUCCCCAGCGGCCCGCCAAUGGUAUCACUCCAAGUCUCAAUGGUCUGGCUGUGUUAGACUCUCUCUCCCUUUGUUUUUUCCCUUGCAGCACUACUCGUGGUUUUAUUUUAGUCUGAGAUAGAGUUAACUGCAAUCAGAUUGUAGUAAGAUUUACACGAAUAACAGUUGCUAAUUUUAGGAUUGGGUCAAUGCUAUGCCACUGGCUGAAUUAGAAUGACGUUUGUUUCCUAGAAUGUCUGCAGUCUAUUUUGGGUCUUUGCUAAACUUCCUAAAUGGUUUCCAGGGCCUCCUUUCAAUGCAUUCCUUUAACUGGUCCCUGGAAACACGGCUACCCAUUUUUAGCUUCUCUGCCUCUUAUCUGACAGAAGGACAGAAGAAGUGGGUAGAUGUUCACCUUUAGGGCUGCAACUAUAGCUUUAAGUUUGUGCGAGUGAAAUUGUUGGAAAGUGUGUAACCUCAAUACUAAACCCAUCCCCCCAGGUGGCACAUGGCGGCUGGCACAUGGUGGCUAGCACGUGCCCCGGAGCUGCGCUCACCUAGCCGUUACCCAGGGGCAAAGAAGGUUGGGAGCUCAGGGCAGGCAAAGCCAGGAGGAGGAAGCUUUUGUGGGGGAGAAAACGGUUACUUUUCUUACCUUUUUACCAAAACCACGUUUCAGGAAAAUAACUCUUUGCUGUUUGUUUUUAGUGACACUUGCUUCUGUAAGGUCCUGUGAGUUGUAUCAAGCCUCUCUGGCACUGCUAAGCUUUCCAGGGUAUCUUUCCAGACCUGUUGGUGUUCCGCAGUCUGCGGUUGCAGGGCAGGGACACGGCGGUGACCGCCUCCGGCGCGGCCCUCCUCAGCCGGUCAACGCCAGCACCGCCCUUUAUCCGGAAGAACGAAGGCACUGCGCCUUCACUACAGUCGGCCGCGUUGUACAGCUGUCCACUCUCAAACAUUUCAGUCUGUUUACUGAGGCCCUGCAAGUCCAGGGCUCACGUGGAACCUUCCCCACAGGGAGGACGAGUGAGCUGGGCGCGACGGCGGCUCCGAGGAAGUGUCCGUGGGCGGGUGGAGGAACGAGUGAAGUGGCGGCGUUUCUGUGGCUCAGGCUCCUAGAAUGCUUGACAAGACGGAGUUUUUUGGAAGAACCUCAUCUCACCAUAGUUACUUUUACGUUUUUCACUUUUGUUAUAUAUGUAUUUAUUAGAUCAUUUGAGUAUUGGUACCUUUUAUUAAAAGGGUCAAUGUGGUGUUUUUGCUGUUCAGCUGGUUUUUGGCUUCCUACAAAUACUAUGAGUCAUAGACCUUUCUUUGGGAAGUCAUUUGACUUCCAUACACUAUGAUAUACUGUGAACACAUUAUUUUGUUACUUAAUAAAUCAGCGAACGAACACGCGGACGUUUGGCAUAAUGUGAACUAAAAUUGAAAUUGAAAAUGUUAGUGGCCAUUUUGCAACAAUUAAGAGCGUAGCACUUUAUCUAGAUGAAAACUGGAUUUCUUAUCUUUGAAAUAUCUUGAACUGUUUAUUGCUCAGAACUUAAAUAAGCAUGCCAACACUUCAUUUGUUCAUGCUUGAAGUGAAAUGUUUUACUUUUCACUGGAGAAGACAAAACAGGGUGAUCUUCACAUUAUUUUAUACGAGUGACAGAAAUAUACCUUGCCUUGUUGAGAGGCAAAUUCAUAUUUAUAAAUAUUUUGUCUGUUUUUUCCUCCAUGAAAUGUGCAGUAAUCACUUACCAAGAGGAUGAGUUUUUAUUCUGUUUUUAAGGCGAGACAGUUUCCAAUUGAAGGUGAUUGAUACAGGGAACUGUUUGUACUAUAGAAAACCCAUAUAUUUGAACUGCAGGUUGCAAAGUUUAAAAAAAUGAUGGUUGGUAUAUAAUAUAUUUGGAACUGAUUCAUAAGAAAAACUAUUAAAAUUAUCUUUGAAAUGACUCGAAGCUAAUUUAUUAGGAAAAAAUAUUUCAUUUGGAAGCCUGUAUAAGUAGUAUCUAAAUGCAAAGUCAUAGAUUCAGUUGAGUGAUGUAGGAAAAGAAGAUUGGAAAAAGACCAAAAUGCACGUAUCCUCCAAUCCCCCAUCAGUUUUUUUAAACUUUAGAGCUAUCUGGUAAUUUCUUCCCUCUUCCUCUUCAAUUUAUGAAACAAAUACUAGGCAGCUACAUUUGUCCCCAGUCAUUUCACUUUAUAUAAAGACAGUGGUAGCAUGCAAACACUUCUUAAUCUUCUUUCCUUGUUCAUCACACAGAGCAGAGAUUUGUAUGCGAUGUGCGAGGCCACUCUGAGGUUGGUGAUAGCAAAAGGCUCAGCACUGUCCUGCAAAUGGCCGGGGUUUUUGUGCCAGGUUCCUGCUGGAGUGAGGUCCACUGUAUUUUUUUUUUUUUAACUGUUGGGUGUUUUAAAGUAAGUUAUAGUGUUUUACACUUAAAAAAGAAGAAAUAUUGGGUUGGCCAAAAAGUUCGUUUUUUCCAUAAAAUAAAAGACACAUUUUUCAUUUUCACCAGUAGCUUUAUUUAUUUGGAUAUUUUGAGUAUGUCGGCUGUCUCCUGCAUGAUACGAUGUUGAUUGUUCUCAAUUAAUGUCUCAAUUUGAUCACUAUCCACUUCAGCUGGUCUGCCAGACUGUGGAGCAUCGAUCAUCCAGCGAGAAAUCUCCGGCACGACACUUUGCAAACCACUUUUGACACACUUGAUCAACUACAGCGCCUUCUCCAUACGCUGCACAAAUCUUUUUGCGUUUCAGUUGUGUUUUUACCUUUCUUGAAACAAUGAAGCAUAAUAUACUGAAAAUAUUGCAUAUUUUCUUCCAUCUUCAAUAUUAAAAUGACUACACAAAAGUUCACCAAUUUUGAUAAGAUUUUUAAAAAAAAAUCCACAAUAAUAUAAUAGCUACCACAAUACAAUCUAACAAAAUUGUUUUGAAUGAAGCUGAAGACAACUAAGCGCUACUAGAGCCAUCCUACAGAAAAAAAACAAAUGAACUUUUUGGCCAACCCAGUAUUUGCUUUAUUGGUUACUCCGUAGUUUAGCAUCUAGAUGAUGGUACAGUACGCUAAAAUGUCAUUUGUUUAAAGGUAAAUUUUGGUAAAAUGCUAAAUCAGUCCUAGUACAGUGAUGCAUUUUCCGUUCCGAGGCUGUGUGAAGUGGUCUGGUUUGAAGGGAGCCAAGGAACAGCAUAGGAGGGGGUUGGUUUGAAUAGGAUGCCGGUCGUAUGUGGUUUUAUAACCUGGUAUAUUUUGGAUUUCAGAUGAAAUAGGGAAAAAAUGAUAGAAAUGGUCCCUCUGCAUAUAUUUUCAUGGAUACCCUUCAUUUCAUGGGCAUGCCUAACAAUGAACUAUGUUCUAACUGGAGCUUAGGACUUAUUUUAGAUAUUGGAGUGUAGCUUUAUUACAGAUGGAUUUUAUCUUUAAACAUUGCAUUUUGAUCAACUUUGUAUAUUCACAUGUAUUAAAAUAUUGUGCACUAAAUGUUUUGCCUUUGUUUGCUCUCCUACGGUCAAGGCAUUUUUCAGCGCUAUUGUGAUUCACUCAUGUAAAUGGCAUGGGUCAGGGAAGGCUAUUUCCUACUUUUCUGCCUAAUUAAAUUUUCUGUUUUUCAGUAUUACAUUAAUUUAUUUUUGGCUUCCAUUUCUGUGUAGUCAAAAUAGUUACUGUAUGUGUGCGGCACUCAUAUGACUUUGUUGCUAAAAAAUUUUUUAGUUUUUAUUUAAAAUAAUCUGUACCUUAAUUUUUAAAAAUGUAACCAAUUCAAGCACUUUAAGCAAUAAUGUCAAUCUUGUGAAAUUUCAAUCAGUUUAACACCCUGCCUCUAAAAAUGUUUGCAAAAUAAAUAAAGAAAUAAAUAGGAAUUCUCUUCCUAGAGAAUUAUAUCUGGGCAAUGUUAUACACAUGGACUUAAAAUCCUCUUUAUAAAAAUGUGAGUCAUUGGUAAGUCUCAUACAUACGUAGGGAAGUAUUCCAGACUUAAUUUCAAAGCAGUGGAAAUGUGAAGAACACGCUGGUCAUUGUAAUAUAUAAAGAAUGCUACUGGCAAGGUUGAUAAAGUCAGUGUUCUGGAGAUAACUUACUACAUUUUUGAGUGAAAAGACUGACAGAAUUAAUCCAGAAAUCUGUAUCUGGGGGAAUAGCCAAUUGAGCGUAUCAUUGAAAUAAGGAAAUAGGGGUACGUAAUUACGCAUCACAAUGAG